AUGUUUGUUUUAUUGUUUUGUUCUCUACAGUAUGUUCAAGCAAUUGGUCAUUGGAAGAUCGAUCUGCAAUAUUCGGCUUCAGAUGCAGACGAUUUUGUUCCGCUUGGUAGCAUAACUGUGGAUAGGACAUUUGAUAGUAAUUAUACGGCGUAUUUUCAAUCUUCUGUUAAUCCAAAUAAAUGGCAAAGUGAUCUCUUGCGAGCUACAAAGAAUGGGUGGAUUUAUCGCGUUAGAGCUGACAAUGAUAAAGAAAAUGUACAGGGUUACAAUGAACCGUGUUUGAUGUUGCAAGCUAACGGAGCUCACCAUUUUCGGGUACUGUUGGACCCGGAUCGUCAGAAUUUGCAGUCUUUGGCUGUUUUUCCGGAGAAUUUAUUUUAUGUUGGAACAAAUUAUCACUUUUGCGAAACAAAUUCGUUUGCAGAGGAGAGUAAAAUUAGAGGAUCGGUUGUGGUGAACACAAUUAAUGAAUUGCCUCUGCCUGAUACAAUUUCAUAUAUUCGAAAGAUGGAGAAGGAGCGGCAAGCGAGGCAACAUGGGGCUCAACAGGACAAUCGAUCCUUUAUACAGAAAUAUUGGAUGUAUAUAGCUGCAGCUUUAAUUUUUAUGGUCAUUUCUAAUGCUACAACUGCUGAACAAGGUGGAGAGUAG